GGAGGGAGGUAAGGUCGGGCUCGACUCACACAGCUGUUCACGAGUUUGAAUCGUCAACAACACCACUCUUCACUGAGCACUUGGGCGGGCAUUUUUUUUCUCUCUCUCUCUGCGUUGGCCCGUCACUCUGAUGUUAUCCUGUCACUGAACAGCAUGGCAUCUUUAACCAAAGUUCUAGAAAGCAUCAAAGCUGGCCAGGUGAUAGGUCUACAUGUUCAAGUUCAAAAAUUAUUAAUGCUUUCAAGUGUUGAAAAUGGAGAGGGCCCGCAAAUCAUCCGAUACUGUUCCCGCUAUGUGUUUGAAAACCAGAACCUCGAGAAAGAUACUUUUGCUGCAAUAUUGGAUAUUGUAAAUGUUACAUGUAAAUAUCAGUCAAAACAAAUUGCAAGUGACCCACUUUUUCAUCUUAAAUCAAUAUUUUACAUCAUACUCACUUCGACUAAAAGAAAGGAUCUUAACCAAUAUUUGGUUGACCUGGUGACCAGUAUGGAAUCUUACACAAAUCUGUGCGACGCCUCAAAAGAUGAUGCAUUGACCAUAAUGAGAACUCUGUCUCAAAUUGUUUGGAAUACUAGUCUAAAUGUUUCUUCACCUCUAGAAGCUCUUACGUUGCAGAGAGCUGCACUACAGUACCUCAUUGCUGCCGGAACAAAUGCAACUAAAGUGUGUUCACAAGCUAUAAAAGCACACCUUAAUUAUGAGCAAGUACAGAAAUCGCCAGAACACCUUGAUAAAUUUUAUCAGGUUGUCAUAUGUAGUUUGACGGAGGCGGCUAAAACGCGCAAGAAAUGCGAAGAAGAAGAAAUUUUGGCUAUAUUUGGUCUUGUCAUGGAAUAUGGCAAGAUUGUUGUGAAGUUGAACAUGUGUGCACAGUUCAGCAAGAUAACUCGCCCCUUUGUAAAUUUUAGCGAAAACUUUUGUGAUGCACAAACAAUACUAGCUUUAAAAUUUGGUCUGAAAAUAAACGAAGUGGGCAUGGCACUGAAAGUUGGCAAAUGUAAAGAAGACAUGCUAGUGACGCUGGUUGGAUCGUGCAAAGCAAUUCCCAGUAUCUCUGUGUUGAACACAGUCAUACUAGUCAGUUUGCUAUAUACCAUAGGACUGUUUGAAUACCAACAGGACAAAGAUACUUUGUAUUCUUUGAGUAGUCGGGUGCUCUCGUGUCUUGUGGAGGUUCUACUUGAAAGAUGUAACACACCACUAACAGAAGACAAUACCAAGAAGGUUACCACUGUGUUGUACCAGCAGUUAGGUUGCUUUGUUGACCUUAUGAAAACUUCUGCUGAUCAGAACACGAUAAUGACCCAAGCUCUUACGUGGGUUAUCAAGACCAAAGCCUUCAUGUCUACUCAUUGCGGAAAUCCAUCAGAUGCAUUGUGGAAUGUUUAUAAUGUUGGAGUCAACACUGGUAAUUUAGGAGUACUUGCCUUCCGAAACAGAAAGUAUGAUGUGGUAUCCAAGUUCCUUGAGACCUCUGUAGAUAUGCUAGACAAGUAUCAUACAUUGGCUUCACAAGAACAGAAGAUUUUAGUGGGGCCAUCUAUAAGCAAGAAGGUGAAGCUGUGGAGUGAUGCUCUCAGGUACCAUGGGAACUACUGGGAGGCAGGCGUCGCUGCUGCUCGCGGAUUUGUCAGAGACUACAUCUCGCUUGAUGACUUGAUCACAAUGUGGACCAAGAGCAAGAGGGAUUCCGAGAAAUCUGACAAUAAAUCCUUGAAGGGGUUAACUGUGUGUGAUGUUGUGAGUGAAGCCAGACAAAAGUAUGGUGAGGCAGAAGGAAUAACUUUCAACAUGGCUGCAGCUCUUCAGGCAGAAAUUAGCUACUACAAAAAGCAAACUUAUGACACAGUGGAAGAUAUGCUAUCAUGUGGGAGAGCUCUUGAAUGUGGGUCGAAUGCAGAGAUGAGAGUACGAGGCCUCCUAGUUAUUACGGAAGCACUGUGGAUUCGCUCCGACUUGGCUGUGGGAGACGAGAAGGCUAUUCACUGUGUCAACAAAGCCAUUAACAUCUUGAAAGAAGCUAUGAAAGGUAAAUCUUGCCAUAAGUUGUGUGAACUGGAAGCUGUAGCAUAUUUCUGGCUGUACCUUUGCCAUUUACAAAGCAUUCAAGAUGCAGCUGAAGCGGAGGUUCAAGAAGCGGAGAAGCCGAUAUCUCUGACUACUCAAGCUACAGACCUUGGUGAAGAGGAGCAGGUAAAUGACACCUGCGAUGUUCGUCCUGUAGCGGCCUGCCAAACACUUCACGCCCAGGAGAUAUUUUUUGCCCCUCUUAAUACUGCACUGAAGAUCUGGGACAAACUUAGCUCUCAGGAUGUGACCCUUGAAGAUGCAGAAGUGGCUUGUAGCUGUAUUACCUCAACAGCCUAUGUGUAUCAGCUCUCUGGUCUGGUCACUCCCACAGUGUGGUCAUGGGCUACACUUGUAUCUAUUGCCAGCAAGCACUCACUCCACACCUAUCUUAUUAAAGGUAUAAGUGAACUUUUGCUGAUAGUUCCUGAACUAGUGCCUAUUGAGCUUGUAAAGGAGGCAGAGAAAGCAUUGGAGUCUUGUCAAGAAGCUACUCCGCAAGGUUCUUCUAUGGCGUACCUCAGUGUCACUACUAUCGCAUCAAUUGCUUUCUACCAUUUAAAAAUGGGACAGUACGAGGAAGGUGCCAAGUACUUAAACCGAGCCCUGGAGACUGAUGUGAUGGAGAAGAGGACAAUGAGAGCAAUUGAAGUUCAGGCCUUGGUUCAUUUUGUUGCUUCAAUCUAUGCUUGGCUUCCCCACUGGCUGCUAGGAUCUAGAGCACAGUCCGCAGAACCUUGUAUUUCCUAUGCUCUCCUAGCAUGUAGGGAAGCCAUUGGAUUGGUUGGAUCAGUUGGAUCAGUUACUUCUUCACAAUAUGAAGUGAUAUGUUGGAGACAUCGUGGGACUACAGUGGGUAUGCCUGUAAUUUCUUCAUGCAAACCUGAUGUUAAAAAGACACAGCUAUCGUGUGAAAGGAUGUUUGACAUGGUGUUGGACGAUGAGGAAAAGAUGCGUACUGGAAAUACAGCUAUAGAGUAUGACCUCGGCUAUCGUCCAAUUAAUCCAGCUCUUGUGGUGGUGGGACCAGAGGAGCGCAUCAGCCAGCUUGCCAACCCUAAGUGUAGAGCUUCUCCAUCAAUGAAGUACAGGGAGGAAGCCACCAUAACUCAUUUUGAAGCAUGUCCUCGAGGAACGGUGAAGUGUUUAGUGUGUGCCACACCCACUGUUCGUCAGCUUCAUGUAGCCACAGCAGUUCUGCUAGCACUUGUUCACUCACAUGGAGGUUACCACCAAGCUGCACAGAAAUGUCUUAAAAAGGCCACGGAUAUGUUCACGGAUGCCAGUGACACUGCAUCAGAAGUGGCUAACCAUCUCAUUUCCCUUUUAGACAAGAAAUCUAAAAGAAAAAAAACAGCAUCUUCCAUUUAUGUAAUGUCAAGAUUAAAUCUGGCACACCUUCAGAUGUUACACACAAAGGCUGAGUGCCUGGCUUUAGAUAGGAAAUAUCGGCAAGCACUCGAUGUCAACCUGCAAGCACUUAAAAUUGCGAGUCUACUAGAACAGAAGCUGCUGUACCAAGACAUACACUUUGUCACUGUACUUAUUCUCCAAGGUUACGCCUUGCAGAGAUCACUAGAAGAGUGUACAGAUACUACAGAGAGUGGUGAUGAGGUGAUCGAAGAAAGCCCACUGGCGCAAGAGAAGAAAUGCAAGAAUGAUUGGAAAACACCUUUAAAGGCACAACCGAAAAUAAAAAUAAACUCUUGCCUGAAGCCACCACGCCGACAACUUGCUGUUCCUCUACUGACUGAAGAAAAAGGGUUUAGCAUUUAUAGUGAUGAUGAUAUGUCGGAGGAAUCAGUAAAGCUCCAGAAAGUCACUUCACCAGCCGAAAGUAAACAGUUACAUGCUAAAUCAAUAAAAAAGAAAGUUUGUAAAUCUCAUGUCAAGGCUAAAGCAACUGGUAGCUCCAGGAAGAAAGUGGAUGAAGAGAUAGAUAUAACCUCUCAUUUCAAACGGCUUGAUUUAGAUGACAGUCCUACAAGACUUGUAUUGAAGGUUCCCAGCUCCUGUCCACUUUCUGCAAAUAAGAAAAUUGUAGAUUCUGUCAAGGCAGCAAAAAAAUUAUUAGAUGUUCCUUCAUCACUGUCGGACAAAUCUCAAACAAAGAAAAAGGUUCUUCAUAAAACAAAGAAAUCUUCUGUUGCUAAAGCAAUUGAUUUUGAUGAAAAGGACAGCUCUAGUAAUGACAGCUCAAAGGGCAGUGAUGACCUAGAGAUGGGUAAUGGUCUUGAAAAUGUAGCUGCCCCAAAACAAGGACAGACAGCAAGAGGAAUUAAAGACAAGAAACCCGUUACAGCUAAACCCAAGAAAGUUGCAGAAGCAAGAUCCACGAGAGCAAGCAGAUCACUCAGAUUAGUAUGAUGCAAUUUCUUAUUAGGUUUUAUAGAUUGUAAUGAUUAUUAUCUAUAUUUUUUAUGGUAAUAGAUUAUUAGUACAGUAUGCAAGUUUUGAUUUGUAUAUAGAUAAAAGUAAUGUUUAGUAUUUUGUAAUUUAUAAUUUUUUAGUUCUUAGAUUUUGUGGAGUCGUUUUACUGGUGAUGAAAAAAGAUUGUGCCUAUUACGUAGAUAUUACAUCUUAUUGCAUGUGAAUUACCAAAGACUACUAAAAUGUUAAUUUCUGGAUGCUGUAAUAACGGUGCCUUACAGUGCUAUUGAAUAAAAAUGCAAAUUACUGACACCAUUUGUUUUAGAUUCUGUACUGUAAUAAACUUUUUUUACA